AUGCUUGCCUACUCGGUGGCUCUCUUCGCCUACGCUGCUGUAGCAUUAGGUGCUCAGAUCUCCGGUGUCUUCACCAGCAUUGACUCGAUUCUGGCACCCGCUAACAACAGACCCGUCACUCCCAGUUGGCAAGCCACCGUGCUGUGGCUGAUGCCCCGCCUGAAAAACAUCAAAAACGGCGACACCUUCACUUUGCACAUGCCCUAUGUGUUCAAGUUCACCUCCCUGAGUAACACCCUUGCCUUGACUGCAGGAGGUACUACUUUCGCAAACUGUAUCUUGUUUUCUGGUGAUAACGUUGUGGGAUACUCUGAAGUCCAAUGUACCGCCACUUCUGCUGCUGAAAACGUCGAGUCGGCCACGGGCCAGAUCACGUUCCCCUUCACCUUCAAUUCUGGUUACUCCCUGGACCCUGUCAACCUUCAAGCUGCCAAUGCAUGGAACGCUGGUUCCAACACCGUCACCUGGACUGAUGGAAACACCCAGAUCUCCACCACCGUGAACUUCCUGGGCGGCGCCAGCCAGGUCAUCCUGGGUUCUGCUGAAAACGGCGUCUACGGCUUGCGGAAAAUGGUGAACCUCAACGUCAACCAGCACUACCUCUUGGGUCCUCUGUGUUCCUCCACCAUGUCAGGAACGUUGCAGAUCACCAAUCCCUCCUCGCAGGUGCCCUUUGACUGUCUGACGAUCGCCGGUGCCAUUUCCGACCAGAUCAACGCGUGGUACUACCCACAGACCGCCAACACCGUGGGUGUAUCUGUCUCCAGCUGUUCCUCCACAGGCGCUGUUGUGUCUUUCAGCAACGUGCCUGCUGGUUUCAGACCCUACAUGAACGUCAACGCCGCCAUUCCGCUGGGCACCUUCUCGUCGCAGAACCAGUACUCGUACAGCUUCUCGUGUGGCUGGAGAACUCUUAGUGGUCUGAUCACACAGCUGUGGACCAUGUACAGCGAUGGAAACACCGGCUCUGGAGGCGCCUUCAAGCCCAUUGUGCUUACCACCGUCACGGACCCCACCGCCACCACCACCGGUGUCGGCACCGUCACGGGCGCUUCCACAAACACCAUCGUGGUGACGGUUCCUAUCUCUCAGACCACCAUCACCGUCACCGGCACCGGAACCGCCUCUACCACCCACUCGUCCACAAGCAGCGGCACCAGAGUCAUCUCCAUCGACGUGCCUACGCCCACCACCACCAUCACGCGUACCUACUCCGGCUCCACCAGCUCCUUCCUGACCGUUCCAGCCACCACCGGCGGCACCGGUACGGUUAUCGUCGAUGUGCCCACGCCUACGACCACCUUGACCCAAACGUGGACCGGAACAACCACCUCCACGCAGACCAUCCCGGCCACCUCGGGCGGAACCGCUACUGUCAUUGUGGAUGUGCCUACUCCUGUCACCACCGUCACCAGCACAUGGACAGGCCUGACCACCGCCACUGUCACCCAACCGGUCACUUCUGGCGGCACCCAGACCGUUGUUGUGGAGGUGCCCACGCCUACCACCACGUUGUACUCCACCUGGACCGGAACCGUCACCACCACCACCACUGUGCCUGCUACAUCCGGCGGAACUGCCACGGUGAUUGUUGAAGUGCCCACGCCAGUGACCGUGAUCACGUCUACAUGGACCGGAUCGACCACCAACGUCGUCACCGAGCCUUUCUCGCUGGGUACCCAGACCAUCGUGGUCGAGGUGCCUACUCCUACCACCACUCUCACCAGAACAUGGACAGGAACGGAAACUACCACCGAAACCAUUCCAGCUCAAUCCGGUGGAACGGGUACUGUGAUUGUCGACGUCCCUACUCCGUACACCACCAUCACCAGAACGUACACCGGCAGUGUGACCACCACAGAGACCAUUCCAGCCACCACUGGCGGAACCGGCACUGUUGUGGUUGACGUUCCUACUCCUACUACGACGAUCACGAGAACAUGGACGGGCUCGACCAUCACCACCGAAACCGUGCCUGCUACUACCGGCGGCACUGCUACUUUGAUAGUUGAUGUUCCUACUCCUACCACCACUGUGACCUCCACCUACACUGGCCUGAUCACCACCACCGUGACCGUGCCUGCCACUACCGGUGGAACCGCCACUGUGGUUGUUGAAGUGCCUACUCCUACCACCACCAUCACCACCACUGGCGAUGUCACCAAUAUCGUGACUCUGACUAUCCUAGCUGCUUCUGGCGGAACGGAAACCGUGGUUGUCGAGGUGCCUACUCCUACAAUCUACACCACCAGAACGUGGACCGGUUCUGUCACCACCACGGAGACUAUUCCAGCUACUACCGGUGGAACCGGCACUGUCAUCAUCGAUGUUCCAACUCCAACGACUACCAUUACUAGAACGUGGACUGGCUCUGAGACUACAACUGAGACGGUUCCUGCUGCUUCUGGUGGAACUGGUACUGUGAUCGUUGAUGUGCCAACUCCUCUGACUACGAUUACCAGAACUUGGACCGGCUCCAUCACCACCACCGAGACCAUCCCCGCUGGAUCCGACGGAACCGAGACUAUCGUCGUUGAUGUUCCUACUCCAACCACCACUAUCACCAGAACGUGGACCGGAACGGAAUCCACCACCGAGACCAUUCCAGCUCAAUCCGGUGGAACCGGUACUGUGAUUGUCGAUGUGCCCACUCCUUACACUACCAUCACCAGAACCUGGACAGGUACUACUACUCAGACUGAGACUGAGCCUGCUCCAUCUGGUGGCACCGGAACCGUUGUGAUUGAUGUGCCUACACCAACCACCACCAUUACUAGAACCUGGACUGGUACCGAGACCACUACCGAGACCAUUCCAGCCGGAUCUGGUGGUACUGAGACCAUCAUUGUCGAUGUUCCAACCCCUUACACGACUUUGACUAGAACCUGGACUGGAACAACCACCCAAACUGAGACUGAACCUGCUCCUUCUGGAGGUACUGGUACUGUUGUCAUUGAUGUUCCAACCCCAACUACCACGAUCUACUCUACCUGGACUGGCAGCACGAUCUCCACUCGUACGAUUCCAGCUUCUUCUGGCGGUACCGACACUGUGGUGAUCGAGGUGCCUACUCCAAUCACUGUUAUCACCUCCACAUGGACUGGUUCAAUCACCGAGGUUGUUACGGAGCCUUACGAGUCUGGAACCCAGACUAUUGUUGUCAACGUGCCUACUCCUACCACUACCAUCACCAGAACGUGGACCGGAACGGAAACUACUACUGAGACCGUUCCAGCCGAGUCUGGCGGAACUGGUACCGUGAUUAUCGAUGUUCCAACUCCAUACACCACCUUGACCAGAACCUGGACUGGUACUACUACUCAGACUGAGACUGAGCCUGCUCCUUCCGGUGGCACUGGUACUGUGAUUAUCGACGUUCCUACUCCUACUACUACGAUUACCAGAACGUGGACUGGUACUGAGACAACCACUGAGACCAUCCCAGCUGGCUCCGGUGGUACUGAGACCAUCGUGGUUGAUGUCCCUACACCUUACACCACUAUCACCAGAACCUGGACUGGAACUACUACUCAGACUGAGACUGAGCCUGCUCCUUCUGGUGGCACUGGUACCGUGGUUGUUGAUGUGCCUACUCCUGUUACUUCUAUCACCAGAACCUGGACCGGCACUACAACUCAAACGGAGACCAUCCCAGCCCAGUCUGGCGGAACUGAAACAGUGAUUAUUGAUGUUCCUACUCCUGUCACUACCUUGACCAGAACUUGGACUGACUCCAUCACUACAACUGAGACCAUCCCUGCCGAGUCCGGUGGUACUGAGACCGUCAUCAUUGACAUCCCAACUCCUACCACCACCCUCUUCUCCACAUGGACUGGAUCUACCAUCUCCACAAGAACCAUUCCUGCUGAAUCUGGUGGAACUGACACUGUCGUGAUUGAGGUUCCUACCCCAAUUACCGUCAUCACUUCUACCUGGACCGGUUCUAUCACCGAGAUUGUCACUGAGCCUUACGAGUCUGGCACUCAAACUAUUGUCGUGAACGUUCCUACUCCAGUUACCACUGUGACCAGAACAUGGACCGGCACUACUACCAGCACCGAGACCAUUCCAGCUGAGUCUGGAGGAACCGAGACGGUUAUCAUUGACGUUCCUACCCCAGUGACUACUAUCACUAGAACCUGGACUGGAACCACCACUUCGACUGAGACUGUUCCAGCUGAGUCUGGUGGAACCGAGACUGUGAUUAUCGACAUCCCAACUCCUGUCACUACGAUCACCAGAACCUGGACCGGCACUGAGUCUACUACCGAGACCAUCCCCGCUGGUUCCGACGGUACUGAAACUGUCGUUGUUGAUGUUCCUACUCCUUACACCACCAUCACUCGUCCAUGGACUGGAACCUUCACCACUACCGAGACCGAGCCUGCUCCUUCUGGAGGCACUGGCACUGUUGUUGUUGAUGUUCCUUACGAAGCUACCACUGUGACCUCGACUUGGACCGGUACUACCACCAGAACGGUUUCUGAACCACCUGCUGGUUCUGACACUGUUGGAACUGUGAUUAUUGAGGUUCCUCCAGCUACUACGGACUACACCACUUUGACUUCCACUUGGACCGGUACUACCACCAACACCAUCACCAACCCACCAUCUGGUUCUGAUACCGUUGGAACGGUUGUGAUUGAGGUUCCUCCUACUUCGUCUCAGUUCACCACUUUGACAUCUACUUGGACUGGUACCACUACCAGAACUGUUACUGAGCCACCAUCGGGAUCUGACACUGUUGGUACUGUUGUUAUUGAGGUUCCACCAACUUCUGUUGAUUACACUACUGUCACUUCUACCUGGACUGGAACUACAACUGCUACUGUCACUAACCCACCAUCUGGAAGCGACACCAUUGGCACUGUGGUUAUUGAAGUUCCACCAACCUCUGUUGACUACACUACUGUCACUUCUACCUGGACUGGAACUACAACUGCAACCGUCACUAACCCACCAUCUGGAAGCGACACCAUUGGCACUGUGGUUAUCGAGGUUCCACCAACUUCUGCUGAUUACACCACCUUGACUUCGACCUGGACUGGUACUACUACUAGAACUGUCACCGAGCCACCAUCUGGCUCUGACACUGUGGGCACCGUCAUUAUAGAGGUGCCUCCAACCACUGUUCCUGUUAUCCCACCAGUGCUGUCUUGGAACUGGAACUCCUCCUACGUGGUUUCCCUGUCUUCGAUCCCUGUUCCCGUGAGUCUGUCAUUGUCUCUCACUGAGAGCUCAGAGUCCUCGAUCGCUUCUUCGAUUCCACCAGCUUCCGGCUCCGAGCCUGCCACUCCUGCCGUGUCCUCGUCCCCAGCUAGCACCGAGCCUCCACAGCUGAACACCGACAGUUUCAGUGGACCUACAUCUUCUGGCCCUAUCACCACCGCCUCGAAUCAAGGUCCAGGCCCUAGCCCAGGUCCAGCUUCCGAUUCGUCGGCUCCUGGUCCAAACCCAUCUGGUCCAAACUCUGGAGCUGAAACGUCUCUUUCGACUGCUUCGAACCCAGGCCCAAGCCCAGGUCCCGCCUCUGAAUCGUCCGUUCCAGUCUCUCCUGGUCCAAACUCUGAGGGCUCUGCAUCGACUGUCACAGUUGUUACUACUCCUGGUCAGCCUGGUCCAAACCCAUCUGGAACCGGCCCUGUUCCAUCUGGUCCAAACUCCGCUGGUCCAAGCUCAUCGAACCCUGACACCACUGUGCCUGUUGCUCCAGGACCUGCUCCUUCUGGCCCAGCUGUUCCAGGUACUGAGUCUUCUGCUCCAGGUGAGUCUCAGCCAGCUCCUUCUGGUACUGCCAACACCGAGUCUCAACCAAGUCAAACCGGCCCAGCUCCAUCUGGACCAAAUCAGACUGGCCCGGCUCCAUCUGGUCCUAACGAGACUGGAUCCACUCCUUCUGGUCCUAACGAAAACGGCCCUACAUCUACCGGACCAGCUCCUGCCAACUCGGCUCCUCCUGCUCCUAACCCUGAGCCUGUCGCUUCCAACACUGUUCCAGGUUCCAACCCAGCUCCAUCUGGUUCCAACCUAGGACCAGCACCUUCUGGACCAGCACCUUCUGGCUCUAACCCAGGACCUGUUCCAGUGCCUGGCCCUGCUCCAUCUGGUACUGAGUCCAACAACAACCCUGCCAGCACUCCAUACCCAACCUCUGUGGCUGGUCCAAGCACCCGUGUUCCAGGAAACUCUGCCGCUGCUUCUGAAACCAGCUCUGUUGUUUCAGAGGGCCCAUCUUCACUGGUUGUCUGCUACAAGGUUGCUGUUUCGCAUGCCUCUUCGUCAUCGGCUCCUGUUGGUCCUGAGCCUUCUCCAGCAUCUGCUACACCAGCCAUUUCCACAUACGCUGGUCUGGCUGCUGCCGUCAAGAUCUCGGGUCUUGCAGCUGUUGUUGUCCCAUUGCUUCAUGUCUUGUUUUGA